GCGCGCGGGCUGGGCGGGCCCGGCAGCAGCCGGCGGGGUUCGGCCUGGCGCGGUCUGCGUCCGCGCGGGACUCGGCCGGUUCUACCGGAACCACGCGGGGCCUGCGCCCUGGAGCGCGCUCGGGGACGCGGCGAGUGCGGGGGCGGAGCAGCGGGGCUGAGUCUGACGCUGGGGGCUGGAGACGCCUGUACGUCCCACGGCUCUGCAUCUCCGAGCCGGUGGAUCCCGCCGGACUCACUAGGGACGUCUCUGGACUGGGAUCGAAAACCGGCCCUUUCCUCCUGCCUUCCCGCAAAGGCUGGAAAUGCGCCUCGGGAGGAGAGAACCCGGAUGGGCCCGUGCCCGAGUCUUUCCAGGGUGCUGUCGCUGGAGGGGUGCGGAGGGUGGAGAACACAUUAGUGGAGAGCACCGCCCCGCGCCGUGCAGGGUUUGAGCAGCUCUGGCCCCCGGGGCGCUCAAUGACAGUAACUCCCCUGCUCCCCCGCCCCGCCACCGGCCUUUAGUGACAGCCCCCAAACCCGCCUCCACAAAUGUCCAAACGUUGCCAGCUCUGCCGUCCCAAAGCACAGGUGUUACAGCUUCCCGGGUUUGGAUCUGGCCGCCAUUUGUGAGCCUCAGAGGUUCCUGAUCUGUAAACAUUAAUAUUUACAGGUUGAUUGUGAGUAUUGACAUGAACAGGGCCUAGUAUGGAGCUGAUACAUAGCGUUCAAGAAAAAAUGUACUCAGACACUCGUUAAAGACGUAUCUCUCUGAGAGGCUCUGUGAAGACCUGGUUCUCCCCAGAGACAGCUCCAUCAGAAGCUCUCCUCCUGAAAGGACUUGCCAAGCCGCAUGAUGCCUGUUGAGCUGGGGCAGGCCCCUGUUCUGCUGCCGCCCCUGGCGAAGGCUGAGGACCCUCCGUGUUCUGGACCAGAUGCCACCCCUCGAGAGGAGCUCUCUGGCCCUGAGGCUGCACACCAGCUUUUCAGGCAGUUUCGUUACCAGGCGACAUCUGGGCCCCAUGAGACCCUGAGACAGCUGCGGAAGCUCUGUUUCCAGUGGCUGCAGCCAGAGGUGCACACCAAGGAGCAGAUCCUGGAGAUCCUCACGUUGGAGCAGUUCCUGACUAUCCUGCCCGGGGAGAUCCAGAUGUGGGUGCGGAAACAGCGUCCAGGCAGUGGAGAGGAGGCCGUGACCCUUGUGGAGAGCUUGAAGGGAGAUCCCCAGAGACUGUGGCAGUGGAUAAGCAGCCAAGUUCUAGGACAGGAAAUUUUAUCAGAGAAGUUGGGACCUGCAAGCUGCGCAGCGGGGGACAUGGAGCCCCCUCUCGAAGUGGUGCCUCAGGAGCUGGGACUUGAGAAUUUGCCCUCUGGGCCUGGGGAGCCACUGCACUGCGCUGUGAAGGAGGAGUCUGACACGGAACAAGAGUCGGUGGUGGCUGCUUCCCAGCUUCCUGCCCAGCCUGAAGAGAGGCUCAGCGGGGACCAGGCCUUUGGAGCCUCUCUUCUCCAAACAGCACCGCAGGUGCAGUGGAGGCACCUGGAUUCCACUCAGAAGGAGCAGUACUGGGACCUCAUGCUGGAGACCUAUGGGAAAAUGGUCUCAGGAGGCUGAUGUGAAGAUCAAAUCAACUGAGUUGAUGAACGCGGCAGCAUCUGAAAGCUAUAAAGCACUACAUAAAUGUACAGGAUAAUUAAUAUUCACCCUUCCUUGUAUUGUUAACACACAAUACAUUCUCUAGGAAAAGAGCUGGUGUUAGAAAAAAAGGAGGUAAAAAUUCAUCACCCUGUCACAAAUGGGUCUCCGGUGCUGUCAUAGCAAAAACUGGGAUGGAAUUUUAAUGGUAGCUGAAAGCUGCUGCUGGGGUAGAAGACAAACGGCUAACAUACUUCUGUCUUUGGAGCUGAAUUUGAAGAAACAGCCCUCUCUCAGUGAGCUGCCAUUUGGACAUUAUUCACAAAAAGAUAAAAAGAUAGUGUGGAGGCAUUGUUCCAAAAUCCACUGGACGUGGGGUAGCAGUUCUGUUCUGUCGCCGAUGGGGCUGUGGAGCAUUUGGGGAGCAGGCGUGCCAGUGAGGGACCCGUCAGCGAAGGGAGCAGACCCACAGCUGCAGACAGGACCCGCUUCUACCCCUUCUCAGGGGGCAGCGGGCCCCAGGGACGUGGUCUGCUUUAUUUGUACACAGGGACACCUCUGCCUUUUUUCCUUUUUGGGAAAGUGAGAAAUGCUUACUGCAAAAAUCUCAACAUUACAGAUACUUAGGAUAUUGGGAGCAAAAUCUUCCCACCAUCUUGCCUCUUCCCUUCAAAGGGGAAAGAAAAGCCACUGUUAGCUGUUCAUUUUUUUGGCUUAUAGUUCCUGCAGUUGUCCUUCAGUGCAUACAACUCUCCACCACCUUCCGUUCCCCCUCCGUCCAUGUCCUUAACCACCAUGCCCGUCCGCGGUGCCCUCCUCCUGCCUUCCUCUUCCCACCGCCCCCCCACCUCCCUUCCCUUUUCUCCACCCAUCAUUAAGGGAAGCAUACCUCACAUGGCUUUUUCAGCUGUGUUCUUUUAAUCUAUACAAUGACUCUUGGACACAUUCCUUGUUAGUAUGUAUGCAUAUGUCCUUUUUUGUUUAACAGUAUAUAUGUGUAUGUAUGUGACUGUUUCAGCAUAUGCAAUUUAUUGCAUCUUUCCCCUAUUGAUGGAUAUUUGGUGUGUUUAUCACUUCUGCUACUAGCAAUGCUGCACUAGAUAAAUAUAAAUAUAUCAUCAAAUCUGUGCACUGCUGAGUGUUUCCACUGGCUGAAUUCCUAGAGAUAGAAUUAUGAGUAAAAAGUAAGAACUUUUUAAAUGCCAGUAGCUAUUGUCAAAUUGUCCUCUAAGUAAAACCUCUACCAAUAGGGAGGAACAUGCGUGUUUUCUUCUGUCCUCAACCACUGGAUAUUAUCACAUUUAAAAACCUUCCCUGUUAGGUGAAAAAUGAGAUGUUGCUCAACUUCAUUUAGUUGUGAGUGACUCUGAGAACACAUUACUAUUUUUAUUGGCCAUUUAUUUGUAUUAUUAUGUGAAUUUCUUUUGUGUCUGGGUUCUUCCCCCUCCUCUCUUCUUUCUCCUUCUCUUUUCAUAUGUAAGAGCUCUUUGUAGACUAGCAAAACUGUCCGCUUCCCUGUGGUAUCUGUGCUACCAAUAGGUUCUCCAAGUUUGACUUUGUUCAGGAUAUUUUUUGCUUUGCAAAUAUUAAAAAUUUUUUAAGACAUCAAAUUUUUCAAUCUUUUCCUUUAUAGAUUCUGAGUUGCCUUUUUUUUUAAAGGUUUUAUAAGGCUUUCAUAAGAUCAUAAAAGCAUUCUCCCAAGGAUUAGGGAGCCAGGGACCCUGCUUCACCUCUCUCCUUAUGACUCACCA